AUGGGUUUUAGGCCUAUUUUUUCGACCUUCUAAAUUAAUUAUCUCAAAAACUAGAAGCUGGCGCGGGUUUUAAGGUUGAUGGAUCUUCAUAUAAACCUUCAGAGAUUUUUUUGAUAAAAAUUUGUAGAAAAUUCCAAGUCGAAAAAUUGAAAUGACCUCCCUUGUACAGUAAUUCAAAAAAAUCGCUUCAAGACAUACAUAAUGUUCAUAAAAAUGAUUUUUUUCCGAGUUUAAUUUCUUUUUCAAAUUCCUUCAGAUUCCAUUCAAAUUAAUCCGAUUUUUGAUCUUCAAUUUUUCGUCACAAGGCCUAAUUUUAGCCGUUCUAGGCUCCGCCCCCUCCCAAGCCCAUCAAAUCGUCAACGGUAUAGGCCGAAAGGCUUCGAAAAGUGGUAACGAGGCGCUUGGGACGUGACGAUUCGCACAUAUUUGGGGGCAGGCCCAAAGGCAAGACUCCGCCUACUCGGACCUUGAGCCCACUUUUCAUUCCUCUACUUGGGACUCAUUCGAGUCGGUGGCUCCGGUCCGAGCUCUGCCUUUUUUUCUUUUGUUUUUUGUAUCUCGUACGUCUUCUGAAUCAAUGUCCCAGGUUUCAGAUGCACUGCUACGGCGAUAUGAACAACCGGAAGCGGUCCGCCGACGAGGUCCACCAGGACAUGACGACGCCCAAGCGUUGGGUCCAGGUCAUGUCCGGCGGCUACGAUCCGAUGAUGGUGAGCUUUUUUGACUCUGUGUGCUUCUAGUUUGUAUUCAGCUUACUGUACACUUCUGUCUUCGGAAAAUCACUCCUUUUAAUUUCAGAACUUUUUUGUAGUCUUACGGUAGUCUAACACUUUUCUGAAGCGUACGGUUCUUCAGAAAGAUCCUUAGAAUUGAAGAGAGCUUUUUGGUAGUCUUACUGUAGCCUGCUUUCGUAACUUCAGGAUAACUACUUUUUGCACUAAUUGGAUAUUUACUGUAUUCUUACGGUAGCCUAACUCAUUUCUAAAACGUACGGUUCUUCAGAAUGAUCCUUAGACUUGAGGAGGACCUUCCGGUAGUCUUACUGUAGUAUUACUGUAGCCUAAUCUUGUUCGAAGGGGUCAAUAACUUCACUUUUUGUAUUUAAGAUAUCAAAAGUCUGAAUACUGUAUUCUUACUGUAGUCUAACUGAUUUCGGAAGCAUACGGCUCUUCAGAAUGAUUUUUAGAUUUCAGGAACACCUUUUGUUAGUCAUACUGUAGUCCUACUCUUGUAGGAAAAUUUAUUUUAAGGAUAACUGUUUUUCGUAAAAAUCUCUAUACUGUAUUCUUACUGUAUUCUAACGCUUUUCUGUACCGUACGGUUCUUCAGAAUGAUCCCUAGACUUGAGGAGGACCGUUUGGUAACCUUACUGUAAUAUUACUGUAGCCUAAUCUUUUCCGAAGAUCAAUAACUUCGGGCUAACUAUCAAAGGCUUUAGUAGGGCCUUGUGGUAGUCUCACUGUAGUCCUACUGUAGCUCACUCUUGUCUAAAGAUUAAUAACUUCAGGACAAUUACUUUUCGUAAAAAUCUCUAUACUGUAGUCUUACUGUAGGUUCACUUAUUUCUGAUUUUUUUAGGCCUGGAAUUUUUUUCAAACUAGAUGGGUUCGUCCACUUGAAGCUUUAAAACUUUAAAAAUAAUAAUUCUCAAAUUUUUAUUUUGAAUCGUUCAUCUUUUUGUAGUAAGGUUAGAAAAAGUUUUAUGACGAAAAAAUUCAAAAAAAAAUUUUUUUGGGGACUUCAAGGUUUUACGGAGUCUAGGCUGAUCCGGAUUUGGAUCUGUAGAUCUUCAGAAUCUUCGAUUUCCUUUCAAACCUUGAAGUUUUUAAAAGUCUAUGAUAAAAGAUUUGUAUAGUCGGUUCACGGGAAGUUAAGGAGGCGUGGUCUGUCUGCGCUCUCCAUUAACCAUGCACUAUCUCUUCUUUUAUCGUGUCAGGACCCAUUUUUCGAUGGCUCAGCCGUGAAUCUGCUAUGAAUCUUGAAGACUUGCUCUUUUCCAAGAAGACUUCCCAUUUUCCCAAGAAUCCUUGAUAAAACUUUUCCAGUACCACAUUGCGCCGAUGAUGCCACAGUCGUCCUCGGCCCCCAUCCAGACCUCGACCCACAAAUUCGACUCUCCGACUUGCCUCGGAGCGGAAAUGACUCCAGAACAGACUCCUAAUGAUUCUGCAUACUUUUCUGGUUGGAUUACCCAAAACACUCAAGUGAUCACUUAACCUUCGUUUCAGAAGAAUCUCCACAGCAAAAGUCGACUGAACCGACUCGGGACGAGAUCCCAGAAUCGGAAGUCUAUUCAGUGGUUCCAGGACGGCUGACUCUCGUCGGAAAUCUCACUCGUUAUAAGGUGCGCUCCAAGGAUAAUUUAUCGAUUAUUGAUUUGUUGAUGAUUCAGGUGACGUAUUCGGAGAUGAAGCGCAGAUUGGGAGCUCCAGAAUAUUUGAACAGCAGCAAGAUUGGAGGACUUCUGAGAAAGUUAGUGGAAUCGAGAUUUUUUAUUGCUGAACUUUCUUCAGGGUCGAUUAAGGGACCACUAGAGCGAAUUUUAAAUCCCUUUAGGGACCUCUUAGUUCUGGUUUCCGACUGCUUACGAAGCCAUUUUUUUUUCCUGUUAGGAGAUACAGUAUACUCAAAGGAUUACGGUAGAAAGGGUCGAUUACAGUAUAAUAAAAGGAUUACGGUAAAAAGUUCUACGAUACCUGACUUCUGAUUUUUAGAAGCUCACACUUUCUCAUCAAUUAUUAUGAUUUUUAUCAUUUCUUUUAGAAGAUACAGUAACUCAAAUGAUUACGGUAGGAAGGCUCGAAUAGAAUUUACAUGAAUCCCGAUCGAAAAUUUGAAAUUUGGUUUUUGUAAACCUCAUGAUUUUUCAUUGAAUGUUAUCAUUUUUAUCAUUUUUUAGUAGAUACAGUAUACUCAAAGGAUUACGGUAGGAAGGGUCGAAGAUUCCUGGUUGGACUUGGUCGAAAAAUAUGAAGUUUGAUUUGACUUCUGAUUUUUGUGAACCUCAUACAUUAUCAUCGAUUAUUAGGAUUCUUAUCAUUUUUUAGUAGAUACAGUAUGCUCAGAGGAUUACGGUAGAAAGGCUCGAAUAAAAGUUUUACUAAUCCUGAUCGAAAUAUUUGGAAUCUGAUUUUUAUUUUGAUUUUUAUAAGCUCACACUUUGUCAUCGAAUUUUAUGAUUUUUGUCAUUUUUUUGGAAGAUACAGUAGCCCAAAAGAUUACGGUGGAACGGCUCGAAUAGAAGUAAUAUUAAUCCUGAUCGAAAAAAUUUGAAAUCUGAUUUUUGUAAACCUCAUCCAUUUUUAGAAAUUUUUAUGAUUUUUAUUAUUUCUUUUAGAAGAUACAGUAUGCUCAAAGGAUUACGGUAGAAUGGCUUGAAGUUUGCUGAUUAGACUUGGUCAAAAAACCUGAUUCUACUUCUGAUUUUCGUAAACCUCAUGUUUUUCAUCGAUUAUUACGAUUUUUUUCAUUUUUUUGGUAGCUACAGUUACCCAAAAGAUUACGGUAGAGGGGCUCGAAGAUUCCUGGUUAGACAGAUAAGAGGAAAAUUCAAUUUAGUCUCACUAUUUGGCUUGAAAUGACUCAAAAUGGAAUUUCUACAGGGCAAAGACUCGAGAUGGCGGAAGUUUGAUGAGACAGCAGCUGAAAGAACGCGGAAUCGAGGUGGCCAUGGGAAAAAGGAAAGGAUACGCCACGACUUGCUUCACUAGCCUUACUGAAGGUAAAUUUCAAGUAGAUUUUAACCAACUCAAAAAAUAAUUUCAGGCGAAGCUACGAGCAUGGGCGGCGACUUUGAAACGCUCACACAGGCCUACUAUCCGAUGCAGCCGGCUCAGAAUCAUCUCGACGAGCUUUUCAUCAAGAAAUGCAGGGAUAUUGGCGGUGAUCCGAACAUCGGCAAGCAGUACGCGAGGUUCGUAAUGGGAUUUUUUUUUCCAAAGGCUUGAAUAAACUUGAAAAGUAGGAUGAAAAAUGAUAAGACUACUAAAUGAAGAACUUUUUCGAAAACUUUUUGAAGACCCCAAGAUUUUCAAAGGUACUCGGAAAAUCCCUAGUGACCACUUAAGAGGCUCCUCAAGGACUACUUGGAGAGAACACUAAAGUGGCCACUAAAAAAAAACCUAUAUAGAGGCCCCUAUUUCGCGUCUUAGUGAACACUAUAGUAGCCACUUAAAUUUCAAAACACUAAAGAGGUCACUAUCAAUCUUCACAGUCUUCGUGACCACUAUAGUUUUCAAUGGUCCAGUAGUACCACUUUAACUUCUGAAGAGCCACUAAAAAGUAACAGCCUUUUUUAAAAGCUGUUUUUUUCUGAAAUAUGAGUCUUGAAGCGAUUUUUGGGCUUGCAACUUCGGAAGAAGGGGUUUUGGGUAGACAGUACUUUCAAGAAGGAACUUGAAAAGUAGAUUCUUUCUGUGGAAUUCAUAGUUUUCCGAAAUUUGUUUUUUUUAGAACGAUUUCUGCUUUUUCCUAAAUUUCUCAUUUACAGAAUGUACUUGGAGGCUAUCUCUGAAAUGACGAGCAAAAUUCAACCGGAGGUCAGUGGAAUCACCGAGAGGCUGUCCGAUGAUCCGGCGUUGAACGUCGGCAUCGAGCUGUUCAGCAGGGUUAGUUCCCUAUCUCAAAUUUCACUUCAAUCAUCAAUUUUUCAGAUCACUCACGGUUUCGGCGACAUUGCUGUCCGCACCUGCGCGCAACUUUUCGAGCAGAUGGCUAAGAUUGGAUCGAACCAGAUUCCGCAGCAUCAACAGCGACCAGCUCAGGUCCCAGUGCCUCAGCAUCAUCCAGUCCACGUUCAAGCUCAAAACUACAUGCCGGAGCAGAUGCUUCAGCAGCCAAUGAUGCAGUAUCCCUACUGCUGA